GGGGCACCUGUGUUCGAAACUAAUUUAUUUAGACAAAAAAUUAAACAUGGCGCUGUCCAUGAGAUCCACAGUCUAUAUACUAAAUAAAGUUUUGGUGGUGGGAGUGCUGCUGUCUUAUGUAGCAUCUGUGGAUAAAAGUAAUUUUAAAACAUGUGACCAGAGUGGGUUUUGCAAGCGUCAAAGAGCAUACAAACCAGACCAGUCACCAUAUGUAGCUUUACUAGACUCGGUUCAAAUAGAACCAACAAAAAUGAAGGUGCAAUUAUUGAACACGCAGAAUCAAGUGAGACUCUUACUGGAAGUUAUUGGUCUAGAGAGGAAUAUGGCUAGAGUUAAAAUUAAUGAACUAAACCCCAUCAAACCUCGUUAUGAAAUACCUGUGGGAGAUGUACUGAUUGGAGAUCCAAAACAAGACAAAAUUGAAAUAAGCCACAAGGAUGGAGGUUCUAUAAGCCUAGCAUUUCAAAGCAAUAAAAUUGUCCUCCAGUCCAAGCCAUUCAGGAUAGACUUUGUGGCUAGUGAGCACCCUGUUGUCUCCUUAAAUGCUAAUGGACUGUUGAAAUUUGAGCAUCUUCGUCUGAAGACUGUCACCCAGGAAGAAAAGAAAGAGCAGGCAGGCGGCUUCUUAGGCGGCCUAUAUUCAUGGUUUUCCAAACCUUUCAGAGGAGACGAGAAGCAGGAGGGAGAAAAUCAAGAAGGACAGGGUGCUGAAGAAAGACCAGAGGGACAGGAGCAGGCUGCAGAAGAAGAGAAGGAACCAGAGGCAAAGGAACCAGAAGAACCAGACAUGUGGGAGGAGUCCUUCAAGGGCCACUCAGAUUCCAAACCAAAUGGACCAACAUCGGUGGGUAUAGACAUUUCCUUCCCAGGCUUCGAGCAAGUGUAUGGUAUUCCUGAACAUGCAGACUCACUGGCUCUUCGGUCCACAAAAGACAUGGACCCCUAUCGCCUGUACAACUUGGACGUGUUUGAGUACGAGUUGGACUCUCCUGCUGCCCUCUACGGGGCUGUACCUGUCAUGCUGGCACAUAACGAAAAACAGACUGUUGGAGUAUUUUGGCAAAAUCCCUCCGAGGCCUGGAUAGAUAUAAGUCACAACCUGGCAGACAAGUCUGUCCUGUCCAAGGUGGUUGAUUUUGUCAAGGGAGGAGACCAGAUUCCACAAGUUGAUACACACUGGUUUUUUGAGAGUGGAAUUGUGGACAUUUUCAUCAUGUUGGGCCCUGGUCCUGCAGACGUUUUCAAACAGUAUGCAGCAUUGACAGGGACAACCCCUUUGCCCCCUAUGUUUGCUCUUGCUUAUCAUCAGUCCCGGUGGAACUAUAACGAUGAGGAAGAUGUUAGCAAUGUUGAUGCAAACUUUGACAAGCAUGAUAUACCAUAUGAUGUUAUUUGGCUGGAUAUUGAGCACACUGAUGGUAAAAGAUAUUUCACCUGGGACAAGUCAAAGUUCCCUAAUCCAGAGGAGAUGGUCAGAAACAUUUCAGCUAAGGGUAGGAAAAUGGUCACCAUUGUGGACCCUCAUAUAAAGAAAGAUGACCACUACAAGAUUUACAAAGAGUGUAGAGAUCUGGGCCACUUCAUCAAGAAUAAAGAUGGCAAUGAUUACGAUGGCUGGUGUUGGCCUGGCUCCUCCAGUUGGCCAGAUUUCACAAAGCCAGCAAUCAGACAGUACUGGGCUAGUAAGUUUGCCGUGGAAGAGUAUGAAGGCUCCACGCUGGACUUGCACACCUGGAAUGACAUGAAUGAGCCCUCUGUCUUCAAUGGGCCAGAGAUUACCAUGCAUAAAGAUGCCAAGCACGAUGGUGGAUGGGAACACAGGGAUGUUCACAAUAUUUAUGGAAUGUUUGUGCAUCAAGCCACAGUGGAGGGGAUGGUAGCCAGGACUGGAGGACUGUUACGGCCAUUUGUACUGUCCAGGGCCUUCUUUGCUGGGUCCCAGAGAUGGGGGGCCGUGUGGACGGGUGAUAACACUGGAGAAUGGGGUCAUCUCAAGGUUUCCAUGCCCAUGAUUCUGUCCCUCAGUAUCACAGGGAUCACCUUCAGUGGAGCAGAUGUGGGAGGGUUCUUCAAGAAUCCAGAUUCUGAACUCCUCACCAGGUGGUACCAGGCUGCAGCAUAUCAGCCAUUCUUCCGUGCUCAUGCUCACUUGGACACACGCCGACGUGAGCCGUGGCUGCUUCCUGAAGAAAACAUGAAGGUGAUUCGCCAGGCAAUACGGGAACGUUAUGCACUGCUCCCUUACUGGUACACAUUGUUCUACAAGGCUGAAAAAGAUGGCGGCCCUGUUAUGAGACCAUUGUGGGUGGAAUUUCCAUCUGAAAAAGGACUUUUCAAAGAGGAGGAGACAUUCAUGAUAGGUGAUGCCUUAAUGGUACGCCCAGUCACUGCAGCCGGUACCCAAGGGGUCAAUGUUUUCUUCCCAGGGGGCACUGAACAGUACUGGUAUGAUACAGACACAACUGAGCGUGUCUUUGGAGGUGCAGCACAUUAUGUAAAAACUCCACUGGAUAAGAUCCCAACAUUCCAAAGAGGAGGCAGUAUCAUUCCUAAAAAAGAGCGCAUUCGCCGGGCAUCAAACUUGGGAAGACAUGACCCAUACACACUGGUUGUGGCAUUAGAUAGAAAGGGUUCAGCCAGAGGAGAUUUGUACAUUGAUGAUUAUCAUACAUUCCACUACAGAAAGGGUGACUUUAUCUACAGAGAAUUCAUUUUUAAAGACAAAGUCCUAGAAAAUAAAAAUGGUAACCCAGGGUCGACCUUCACCACUCCCUCCUGGCUGGAGAAGGUCAUCAUUAUGGGGCUCAGCACCAGUCCUUCAGCUGUAACUAUCUCUAGUCCAAAAUCUGCCAGUACUAGCUUAGGUUUUACAUAUGACUCUGUAAAGAUGAUCUUGACUAUUAGAAAACCAGCAGUAAAUAUUGCAGAAGAUUGGACUAUUAGUAUACAGUAAAAGAUCUUGUGAUUUAAAUAAUUGUAGAAUCAUCAAGUCAUUAAUUCAUAAUACUAAAUUGCAGAGUAAAAGAUCUUUAUGUGCGAAAAAAAUUAAAGUAAAUUUGAAGGUCAGAAGCAUAAGAUAUCGGUGUAUGAAAUUUAUAUUGAUAAUCAUGAUGUGAAACAAAGGAAUGUGCUGAAAUUUUAAGCAAUAUUUGGUUCUUUCAAAGUGACUGUUUCCCUUGUGGUACAAGUUUAUCAGCAUAUUUGCUGUUUAUGUAAUAUAUAAAUUGUAACAAAUGUAUGGUACAUUUCUUUUGAUGUCAUAGUGACUUAUAAUGUAAUUAUAUUACCAUCUCUUCCCAACAGUUGUUUAACUACCAUUGUUUGAGAAGAAAUGUUUUUUAAUCUUUAAAAUUUAAACAUGUCAGUAUAUUCUCCUAUUACAAUAAUGGCAUGAAAUCUAUGCAUUUGUCAUUUUGUGGUAUAACUCAGUUUGGGUUUAUCCACUUAUAUGAAUUCUUUGUUGUGUAACCUGUUUGGAAAAUCAAGAUUCCAGUAAUAAGCAAAGUGAAUUUUAUAGUUUUUUCAAUUUCAACUGUGUUGAAUGUCAUUUAAAUGCUUUGUGUAAAAAAAGAGAAAAUAAAAUUGAAAAUUUCUACAGUGUA